GCUUGAUCCGCAUAGGAUACCCCAAUUUGACUUUGCUUCGCAUUUGUUGCGCUAUUUUCUCCCUUCGACUUUCUAUCUCUUUCUUACAGCAUGGCAGUGGAAGCCGCGACUCGGAAAUGCAUGGGUGUGGAUUGCGACAAGGCCGCGGGAACUCUGCAGUGUCCGACAUGCCUCAAACAGGGCACAGAUAGUUUCUUUUGUUCACAGGACUGUUUUAAACGGAGUUGGAGCGAGCACAAGGCCAUUCAUAAAACAAAGAGUAAUAUCCUCACCAACCUGUUUCCGCCAAAAGUAGUUUCUGAACCAGAUCCAGCCACCGGCCUCUUCAAUCCUUACCCAGCCUACCCUUUCACCGGUUCUUUGCGACCUGUCUACCCGCUUUCGGCCCGGAGAACAGUGCCCAAAUCUAUCCCCCACCCCGACUAUGCCAAGGACGGUAUUCCUCGAUCAGAGCAAAAGUUCAUCGGCCGGCAUAACAUUACUAUCCUGAACAAGGAGGAGCAGGAGGGCAUGAGAAAAGUCUGCCGCCUGGCUCGUGAGGUAUUGGAUAUCGCCGCACGGGAACUGAAGCCUGGUAUCACGACCGAUUACCUUGAUGAAGUCGUUCACAAGGCCUGUGUCGAGCGCAAUUCCUACCCAUCGCCGCUGAACUAUAUGCACUUCCCCAAAUCUGUCUGCACGUCGAUCAAUGAGACCAUCUGUCACGGUAUUCCCGAUCAGCGCCCACUUGAAGACGGCGACAUUAUCAACAUUGACGUUACAUUGUACCAUAAUGGCUUCCAUGGUGAUCUUAACGAAACCUACUAUGUUGGAGAGAAGGCUCGGUCAAACCCGGAUGCUGUUCGAGUAGUGGAGACGUCUCGGGAGUGCUUGGAGAAGUCUAUUGAGUUGGUGAAGCCGGGUAUGCUGUUCAGAGACCCAGGAAACGUCAUUGAAAAGCAUGCGAAGAGCCGCAACUGCAGUGUGGUCAAGAGCUACUGUGGCCAUGGUAUCAACCAGCUGUUCCACUGCGCUCCUAAUGUGCCCCAUUACGCGAAGAACAAGGCGGUAGGAACCGCCAAGCCGGGAAUGUGUUUUACAAUCGAGCCCAUGAUCAAUAUUGGUACCCACAGGGACCGUACAUGGCCUGAUGACUGGACCAGCACCACUGCCGAUGGAUCUCUGUCCGCCCAAUUCGAACACACCCUUCUGGUGACGGAAGACGGUGUUGAGGUACUGACCGCUCGUCUACCAGACUCUCCUGGCGGACCUAUCCCUAUGCCAACAGUUGAAGAGGCGAAAACCGAGGCAUGAACUGGAGAUGUUAGAAAAAAAGAGUUGAGUGAACGAGACUAGCGAAUAAGAAAAUUCAUACUACCAAGAAUUUCACCAGGUCACGGCGCCCA